AUGCCUGCAACUGACGCCACUGCUGCACCUUGCACCCACUGCUGUUGCUGCUGCUGCUGCUGCUGCUGCUGCAGGCGUUGGUGCGGGGGAUCGGAUCCCUGUGUCUGGAAAGAGACAAAGGAGACAGUCACGCUGCGGUGUCACUGCAGCUUGCUGCUGAUCUCUGGAGAAGCAACGCAGCAGGAGUUGGAUGCCAUUUUGUGUGCAUUGGACCCGCAGCACUUGCUGCUGCUGCUGCCCUCGGGCAUGGUGCAGCAGCUGCAGCAGCAGCAGCAGCAGCAGCAGCUGCCCAGCCUGGCCACACUCACUGCAGCGGCCACCGCGAGGCUCAGCUGGUUCCUCGAAAUGGAGCCGCAGGAGCGGCAGCAGCGGCUCCAGUUGCUGCUGCCAAAGUCCCUCCUCAGCAGCAGCAGCAGCAGCAGCAGCAGCAGCAGCGCUUUGGUGCAAAUCAAAUUGAGCCAAACUGUCGCUGAGCUGUCUCCCCGCCUGUGGCUUGAAGCUGAGCGGGGUGGGCUGUACGUACAGGAGGACUCACCGUAUGCUGCUGCUGCAGCAGCAGCAGCAGCAAGUGCUGCUGCUGCUGCUGCUGCUGCGGACCCGCGCGAGGCCGCAGCAGAGGUCGACGACCGCUGCAUUGCAGCAGCAAGAAAACGGCCAGCAAGAGUGCAUAUUGUCCGUCUUCGUGCUGCAGUUGCGCCGCUGCCUGCUGCUGCUCCAGACUCUGACAGCAGCAGCAGCAGCAGCAGCAGCAAAGAAUGCUGCAACAGCAGCAGCUGCUGCUGCUGCAGCAAGAAGAGACCACGGUUUGAAUCCAGCGGCCUUGGCAGCUUUUGGUGGAAAACACUGAAGCCGCAGUUGCUGCUGCGUGCUGCUGACGAAGCAGCAACAGCAGCAGCAGCAGCAGCAGCACAAGGAGAAACAAGAGGGCAGCAGCAGCCCGUGGGCAGCGCUGGGGUGGACGACAUGCUAGCAGCAGCAGCAGCAGCAGCAGCAGGAUCAGCAAAACGAAGGCCGCUGCUGCUGCUGGGACCGCUGGAAGCUUCAGACAUCAAACGGCAGCUGCAGCAGCAGCAGCUUCAGCAGCAGCAGCAGCAGCAGCAAGCGCUGCUGCUGCCGCUGAGCGCCACUUUAACGCAUGCAGGCAGAGGGAUAGAGGUGCAAGGAGGGACCCAGCUAUUCAAGGAGCGCAGCAGCGCCACACAGAGCAGCCGCUGGGUGCUGCGGGGGCAGCUGCACCCAUCUCUUUUUUGCCUUCGCCGUCUGCUGCAGCAGCAGCCAAAUGCCUUACAAGGCGUGUAA